ACCUAGCAAUUCCUUUUACUAGUCCCUUAUCUUUCUUUUGUUUCACUCAAGUACACUUUACUGGAAGAACUUGGAGUUUCCCACCCCGCAUAAUUUCGAUUCCAUUGAAUUAAUAUUUGCAACAUCUAUCUCUCUGUGUGUGUAAUAUUAGGAGAAACACCUAAAAAAAAAAAAAUGCCGAGCGAUGAAAUUGCAGCGUUACGCAAACGCCGUUAUUUUCCUGGAAAACGAAAACCCAAGUCUUUCAAGAAAAGAGUGAGAUUCAAAGCAAAACGGAGAAUUAAAAAGGCAGCAGUUUUUUAAAGAAGAAAGGGUUAGUCCACUUGUGAAGAAUGAAAUUCAAAGCAAAAUGGAGAAUUAAAAAGGGAGUAGUUGUUAAAGAUAAAGAAGAAGAGGGGGUUAGUCCACUAGUGAAGAAGUAUUGGGUGCAAAGAUAUGAUCUUUUUAUGAGAUAUGACCAAGGCAUUAAGAUGGAUGAAGAAGGUUGGUUUUCCGUUACGCCGGAGAAGAUUGCCGUCAGGCAUGCUGUCCGUUGUGGCGGCGGUGUCGUCAUUGAUGGUUUCACUGGAGUUGGGGGCAAUGCUAUUCAAUUUGCAACUAUGUGUCAUCCCGUCAUUGCAAUUGAUAUUGACCCUAGAAAGGUCGCAUUGGCUUUUGAAAAUGCAAAGAUAUAUGGUGUUGAAGAUCAUAUUGAUUUCAUUGUUGGAGACUUUUUCCAACUGGCCCCGUACUUGAAGGGGGACGUAGUAUUUCUUUCACCGCCAUGGGGAGGUCCAGCAUAUCUGACACAGGAAACUUUUACCCUUGACUUACUGAAGCCAAAAAAUGGUUAUUCAUUGUUCCAAGUUGCUCAAAGCAUAGCGCCAAAUGUCAUUAUGUACUUGCCUCGCAACGUGGACUUACUGCAAGUUGAAGAGCUUUCUUGGUUGUCUUCUCCGCCUUUGAAAGUCGAGAUCGAAGAGAAUAUGCUUCAUGGGAGGUUGAAGAGCAUAACUGCUUAUUUUGGUGACAUUGCAUUCUCAGAACUCAGCAUGUUUGAACUCUAACCGGAGUCUAACAAUGUAUUUGUAAUUUCAUGAAUCUCUAUAUCCAUCAAAGGAUUUGUCAAUAGUAGAAUGUACAUAUGAGACACUGUAUGGUCUCUAGUUAACUCCUGUUGUUUAAAAUUUUUCAUGCUACGAUGGAUUAGCACUGUAUAUGGCCAGGGUCAAAUUGCUGAGCUUAUUAAAGACAAUGAAACUGGAGGUUUGCUGAUUAAUGAAA